AUGAAUCAGAAACCCAGAAGGGCUCUGAAAUCUGAUGGUGUUUGUGAAUCUGUAUUCUAUGGGCUCCCACUUAUAAUUAGACCCACAAACUGCUGGAAACUGGACUGGGAUGAACUGGAGACAAACCACCAAAACUUUCAUGCACUCUGUCACACUUUGAAGAAAAAAGACUUGAUGCUUCUUGCUCGUUCGGAACCUGAGGUUUUGGGACCCAGUUGGUCUGUUCAUGUUGACUCCUAUUACAUCAUAUUGCCUUCCACCACACUGACACUCCUAGUGAAGCCUGUAGCAGUGCAAGAACUCCUUCUACCUUGUGACCUUCCUUACAGAUCUGAUGAACCACCAGAAACAGCUCUAAGUAAUAUAGUGGGGAUAUUGGAUGGGCUCAAUGUGGAAUCAACAUUUAACCCACUGAGUCUGAAAAGUAAUCUGUAUAGACAUCUCAGAGGAACUUUGGUUAGAACUCCUUACCGUCAACAGCCAAAGCAAGUACAACGUAAGGAACAAACUCAUCCUGAACAGCCAUACAGACAGCAACAGAACAGGCCAUACCAAAGUAAAAUAAAAGCAACUGUGGCCCCCCUCUCAUUAGUCUGUCAAUCCACCAACCAGCCUAAGAGUUUCCGGCCUGUAUUGCCGAUGAGUACUUGCUCUUAUAGAACAGCCCCAUUUCCAGAUGAUGAUGAUGAGUUUUUGACAGGAAUCUGA